GGCGGAAAGUUUGGCGGCGCCUCUGGAGUUGGUGCUGAGGCGUCGUCCUCCUCGUCGUGGUCGUGGUCUUGGGGCCUGAGGGCGACCCCGAGAGAGAGAGCAGGCAGGCCCUCCUCCCUCCCUCCCUCCCUCCUUCCUCCUCCGGCCAUGGCUUCCCUCCUCCUGGGGCUCCUCUGCUGCUGCAGCCUGGCCUUGGUGGCCAAGGGCUGCCCGGAGCCCUGCCGCUGCCUGAGGGAGCUUUUGGACUGCAGCCGCCUCCGCCUCCGCCGAGUCCCAGAACCGCUCCCGGGAUGGACGGGGCAGCUAGAUCUAAGCCACAACAGACUUUCUUCAAUCAAGCCAAGUUCUCUGAGUCACCUUCACGGUUUGAAAGAAAUAAAACUGAACAGUAAUGAAUUCGAAACCAUACCAAACCUGGGCCUUGUUUCAGCAAACAUUACUUUCCUGUCUCUGACAGGCAAUAAGAUUUCAGACAUUCUGCCUGAGCACCUGAAACCAUUUCAGUCUCUAGAAACUUUAGACCUGAGCAACAACAACAUUUCUCUUCUUAAGAUGGGAACAUUUCCACCUUUGGUGCUCAAGUACCUCCACAUUAAUAAUAAUCGAAUAGUCUCCUUGGAACCUGGAACUUUUGACAAUUUGUCUAGUACACUCCAAGUACUAAAACUGAACAGGAACCGAAUUUCAUCUAUUCCUCAAAAGAUGUUCAAACUCCCCCAACUCCAACAUCUAGAAAUGAACCGCAACAAAAUUAGAAAAAUAGAUGGGCUUACUUUUCAAGGACUCCCUUCUUUGAAAUCAUUAAGAAUACAAAGAAAUGGACUAGCUAGGCUCAUGGAUGGAGCUUUCUGGGGAUUGAGUAACAUGGAAAUACUGCAGCUGGAUCAUAACAACCUAACAGAGAUUACCAAAGGCUGGCUUUAUGGCUUGCUGAUGUUACAGCAGCUCCAUCUUAGCCAGAAUGCUAUCAGCAGGAUCAGUCCUGAUGCCUGGGAGUUUUGUCAAAAACUCAGUGAGCUGGACUUAACAUAUAAUAAUUUAGCAAGACUAGAGGAUUCAAGUUUUGUUGGCUUAAGUCUACUGGUGAGGCUGAACAUUGGGAACAACAAAGUAAGCUACAUUGCUGAUUGUGCCUUCCGGGGGCUAUCCAGUUUACAAACCUUAGAUCUUAAACGAAAUGAAAUCUCAUGGACAAUUGAAGAUAUGAAUGGUGCAUUCUCUGGACUUGACAAACUUAAAUGGCUGCUACUCCAAGGAAACAGGAUUAGAUCAAUUACUAAGAAAGCAUUUUCUGGUCUGGAUGCACUUGAACACCUAGAUCUAAGUAACAAUGCAAUCAUGUCAAUUCAAGGAAACACGUUUUCACAAAUGAAGAACCUUAAAGAGCUAUACCUAAACACAUCAAGUCUUCUGUGUGAUUGUCAGCUGAAAUGGCUACCUGGGUGGCUUGAAGACAAUAACUUCCAGACUUUUGUAAAUGCCACUUGUGCCCAUCCUCAGAUAUUAAAAGGAAGAAAUGUUUUUACUGUCAGCCUAAAUGGGUUUGUCUGUGAUGAUUUUCCAAAGCCACAAAUAACUGUCCAGCCUGAAACUCAAGCAGCAAUCAAGGGUUCAAAUUUAAGUUUUGUAUGUUCGGCAGCCAGCAGCAGUGAUUCUCCAAUGACUUUUGCAUGGAAAAAAGACAAUGAGCUGCUGCAUGAUGCUGAGAUGGAGAAUUAUGCGCAUCUCAGAGCACAGGGUGGUGAAGUGAUGGAGUACACCACCAUUCUCAGGCUACGCAAUGUUGAAUUCAGUAAUGAAGGGAAAUACCAAUGUGUCAUUUCAAAUCACUUUGGCUCGUCCUACUCUGUCAAAGCUAAGCUUACAGUGAACAUGCUUCCUUCAUUUACCAAGGUGCCCAUGGACCUUACAAUUCGUGCUGGAGCAAUGGCACGAUUAGAAUGUGCUGCUGUAGGACACCCAGUGCCCCAGAUUGCUUGGCAGAAAGAUGGGGGCACUGACUUCCCAGCAGCACGCAAGCGACGCAUGCAUGUGAUGCCUGAGGAUGAUGUUUUCUUUAUUGUGGAUGUCAAAAUUGAGGAUACUGGUGUUUACAGCUGCACAGCUCAAAACACUGCUGGAAGCAUCUCUGCAAAUGCAACAUUGACAGUAUUGGAAACACCUUCAUUUUUGCGGCCCUUAUUGGACCGAACAGUAACGAAAGGAGAAACUGCAGUCUUACAGUGUAUUGCCGGCGGUAGUCCUCCACCACGACUGAACUGGACCAAAGAUGACAGCACUUUAGUGGUGACAGAGAGACAUUUCUUUGCUGCGGGAAAUCAGUUGCUCAUCAUUGUGGACACAGAUUUUGAAGAUGCUGGGAAAUACACAUGUGAAAUGUCUAACACUCUUGGAACUGAGAGAGGCAACAUUCGCCUCAGUGUAAUUCCUACUCCUACCUGUGACUCUCCUCAGAAUGCUGCUCCAUCCUUGGAUGAUGAUGGAUGGGCCACUGUGGGUGUUGUGAUCAUAGCUGUGGUCUGCUGUGUGGUGGGCACUUCCCUUGUGUGGGUGGUCAUCAUAUACCACACAAGGAGAAGAAAUGAAGAUUGUAGCAUCACAAACACAGAUGAAACAAAUCUGCCUGCUGAUAUUCCAAGUUAUCUGUCAUCCCAGGGAACUCUAGCUGAAAGACAAGAUGGAUAUGGGUCAUCCGAGAAUGGAAGCCAACAUCACUUUGUAUCAUCUUCAUCACCUUCCAUGGGAGGAUACUUUUUACAGCAAAGGGACAGUAGUGGAAUUUGUCAUAUGGAUAAUUGCAGUGAAAAUGACAUUGAAGCUGUAACAGAUCCAUUUUUAUGCCAUUAUCUGGGAAUGUCAGGAAGUAUAUAUUUGAAAGGGAAUGUAUGUGGACCAGAUGUGUUUGAAGUAUACCACACAGGGUGCACUCCAGAGCAAAGAACAGUGUGUAUGGAUGUUUAUGAUUCAAGCUGCUUAAAAAGGAAGGAAUGCUAUCCCCAGCCUCACCCACCUGAAGAUCCUUUUGACCAGUAUAUCAGCAUUUCUGGAAUCCACACUCCAAGCACUAAAUUGCUUCCUUCUGUUUGCACCCAAAGUGAAGAAAGUGGAACAAAAAUUUCACAUUUAAAUGUGGAUGUGUGUCAUUUUGAGAGAAAUCAAGAAUCAUCUUCUGGUGCUACAAGUGGCACUUUCAUGGGAACUUUUGGAAAACCGAUAUGGAGGCAUCAACUUGAUUCCUUCCCAGGCUCUAAGCAGCCACCUGUUUGGCAACCAAAAGCCUCCCAUAGUCAUCUUCACGAGUCGUUGGACUUUGACUCAGAAUCUGAGGAUGAUUAUAGAAAGGACAGGACGUUUCCUGCUGGUGACAAUGCCAAAUGUAUUUACAAGCAGGCAGCUGAACAUUUUAGGACUCCUACUUUUCAGUCCUUUGAAUUGGAUACAUAGCUUCCUCACUCACCUUAACCUCCCCCCAAAAUUUUAUGAACCAAAGGAAUAUACUACCUCAAAGUGGACAUUAUUUAAAAGGAAAGGGAAGAAAAGAUGUUCCAUUCUUGUUUUUUAAUAGAGCUAUGAUUCAGAAAAGAAAUACAUUUUAUAUGGAUACAGGUUUAUUUCCAAAACAUUAUACAUUUGUGUGGAUUAUACAUUCCUUAUAGAAUAUAUUUCUAAUAAUUUUAUAGCUUUGUUUUAACCAAAUGGUACCUUUUUUUGUAAAUUAAUGGUGUGAAUAAUAACUAUGCAUUUGUUACUAAGAGAGACUGUUUUAUUCCAAUGAGUGCUAAAGCAUUCCAAACAACUACCGAUAUAUGUAAAGUAAGUGUGUGUGCGUGCGUGCGUGUGUGUGUGUGUGUAGAUGUGUUUAAUGGACAUUUGAAAGUUAUGACAUGGUUGUAUUUGCAUAUCACUUUUAAAAAGUUUGACUUCUCUCUGUUCACAAAGAUCUAUAUUAUUAUUAUUAUUAAAAGGACAGGUUUCUGUUCAGAAAAAUGAAAAGGUGAUUUCUCUGCCUCCCCUUGGUCAAGUCAUCUGCAGUAUAGUGAAUAAGCCAUAGCAGGGUAUCAGCACUAUGCACAAAUCUACUUGUAAAUUUUUUUGCUCCCUGUAGAUUUCAUUAUUGCUACCCCAGGUGCUACAUAUGAUUCAUCCCCAACCACCAAUAUGUAUCACAGUUCUCAAAGCAAAAUUAGCAACAGGGAACACUACUCCCAAAUGUUAGCAAUCCCACCAGCAUAUACCAGCUUCAGUCAAGUGGCUUUAAACUGCAAGCAAUGAAUUCCUUGAACUGAGGACAACAUGUCCACAUUCCCUUUUCAUAUAUUUUCUUAAUCACCAAAUAGAGAAAGUAUGGAUUGUAUUAAUCUUUUUAUGAUGCUCAAUUGAAAAAAAACUAUUGCUCUGAGAUUUCCAUGUAUUGAAAUUGCCUGAAAACACCUACACGCCAACAGUCUCCUGUUUGGCAUCUUCAGUGCAGACAUCCAAGGGCAGGAAAGUCUUUGCUGCACUGUAAUAAUGUGUGAAGUGAUGAUACAUCCUCUUUGAUUUGUCAUUUCCAAAGUGCUGCUAAGCCAAACAGUCCACCAGCUGUGUACUCUUCAUCCCUUCCAGUGAAAAAUCAGGGGCUGGAUUCUGGUAGGUCCUCGUUUCAAUGAUCAUGUACAAAGGCCCCAGGUUUAGUCACUGACAUUUCUAUUUCAAAAUAGUGAGAUUGCAGACAACCUACCUUUGGUCAUUGUAGCUAGUCAUGUACAAGGUUAGGCAACAGUCUUGUACCAAGUAAUAAGGCACAUUGAAUUAGGUAGUUGUGGAUAGGAUUGCACUAUUAGAUGGAAUAAAUAGUGUCACCUAGUACAAGGCAUCUUUCUACACGAAUGUUCCACAGACACUUGCCACAGGCCUAAGUUGUCCCUUGACACAUACUAUAAAUUAGAUAUUUUGCUUGUGAUCUGGCAGUAAGCAGCUGCUAGUUCUCCAGUAAAUGCUGCAGGAAAGAUUGCUUCUACACUGCAGAAAUGGCUGCUAGCUAUUUCUAUAUACUGCUUGUAUUUACUUGCUUUUCUUCAUGCAAACACAUGUCUGGAAACAACCGCAUGUAAGGAGAAAAUGCUUGCAUUUAAA